AUGGCUGAAAAUAUUUGUAUUGAAAGUAGAAAUGAAAAAAAAGACUAUGAGAAUUUUAUAUACAAUGAUAAAUGUUCUCUUGUUUUAUUAAUUGAUGAUAAAAAUAAAGGAAAAGAGGAAUUUGAUGAAAGUAAGACAGUAAUGAAUGAUAUAAGUAUAUUAAAUAAAAUUGAUAAAGCAAACAAAAGCAAUGAUGAAAUGAAAAAAAAAUUAAAUGAAUUAAAUAAUAAUAAUAAUGAUAUAUAUAAAAAUAAUAGUAAAUUAAACAUAAAUAAUGACGAAUUAUGUCAAAAUAGUUUUAAAUUAGAUAAAAAUAAGGUUGAUAAAGACAAAAAAGAUGAAAAGUUAUUUAAAGGGUGUAUAAAACUAUAUGUAGGCUUUGAUUAUUCUACUUUUGAACUGGAUACACGAUAUAAAGUUAUUAAGUUUAUUAAUAAAGGUAGCCAUUUUUUACAUUGGAAUAAUGAUGUAUUAUAUGAUCAUAAUAAUAAAUUAACAAAAGAAUUUAAAAUGAAUGAAAUGAAAAAAAAUAAUUGUGAAGAAAUAAGAAAUAGUAGAUUUAUAUAUUUUGAUGAUAAAAAAAAACUAUUGGUAUUGAAAUAUGAUAUUAAGGAUAAUAAUUUUAAGUAUAUAAGAGAGGAUGAUAAUAUUUAUAAAUAUUUUUAUAAUUUGCAUGAAAAAGAUUUUUUGGACGAUUAUAUUUUAAGAGAAGAAAAAAACUCCAUUUUAAUUUAUCCCUAUACAUAUUCAAAAGUAUGGGUAAGUUUAACAAAUUAUAUAAAUGAUGAAAUAAUAAAUAAAAUUGAACCUGUAAAUAAAACAUUUUGUUCAUCUUUUUUAAAAGAUGAUAAAGAUACAAAUAAUUUAGAUAAAGAAGAAGAAGUAAAUUUAUAUAGUCAACCGUACAUGUUUUAUUCUGUAAUACCAAAAUAUCCAUCACACCUAUCAUAUCAUAAAAAAAAACAGAAAAAAGAAAAUCCUAAUGUAGAAGAAGAAAAAAAAGAACACAAUAUAGAAGAUGAUGAUAAUAUAAAACAAGAAGAAGAUAAUUUAAAGUGUGUGGAUACAAAUAAAAGUUUUUUUGAAUAUUUAUCUAUUGAAAAUGAAAAUAUGAAGUAUACCCCUUCUUAUUUAACUAUGAUAAAUAUGGACAAAUUUUGGAUUAUAAAAGAGAUAGUUGAACAGGAAUAUACAUAUAUAUGUUAUAAUAAUGAAAAAGUCAAAGGUUUUACUAAAUAUGAAAAUAAAUUUUUUUAUAUAUUAGGAGAAUUUCAAUUUUCUUUUGUUUUAUUUCAUCUUGGUUUUAAUUAUCAGUCAUUUUUACAAUGGAAAAAACUUUUUGAAUUAUUUUGUAAUUCUCAACAAUUAAUAACAGAAUUUAAAGAUUUUUAUGAAGAAGUCUUAAAAGUUAUUUCUGUUCAUUUAAAUUAUUUAAGUGAUGAUUUUUUUGAUAAUACAGAAAAUAGUUUUAUUUUAUUUGGAAUUUACAAUAUAUAUGAAAUAAUUAAUAAUUUAGAAAAUGUUGAAGAAAAUAUCAAAAAUUUAUUAAAUACUAUUGACUCAAAUAUUUAUAAUAAAAUAGGUUUGCAUUUACCAGAUUUAUCUUUUGUAUAUGAAGAAUUUCAACCAACCUAUGUAGAUGAAGAUUAA